AUGGUUAUUAAGCUAUUCGUUAUUUAAAAAUUCUCGUUUAUAACAACAUUAUAGCCUAUCGUAUCGAUUCAUCGAAAAAUAUCGGAAAGAAAAACGAGUCACGAUUGAGAUCGAUUGGCAAUUAUUGCCAGACGUAAAAUCCACUUGUCUGUCGUAUAUAAGAUGUUGUCUCGUGCAAGAGCUUCAGUCGUUCUUGACUCUCUGACCAUAGAGAUACUCUCGUUCGUAUAAAAGAAAAAAGAAAUCCAAAAAGAAGAAGAAAAAAGAACCAAAACGAAACGAAAGAAAUAUCGCGAGUGAUAACCAAUCGAACCACAAAGUGAGAACACCAUGAGAUUGUUCAGUUUCGUGCCAGUGUUGGUACUACUUUUCAUUCAAGAUUCCUUUGCUAAACCUGGUUUAAUUGGUGAUUUGACAUCAGGUUUAUCAAGUGGAAGUCUUUUGGAUCCACUUGGACUAUUUAGCAAAGGAGAUAAGAGUCAAGCUUCUGCCAAUAGCAAUGCUCAAUCAUUAGGUACCAAUUUGAAUCUUGGACCAUUGGGCGUGUCCGCCAAUUUGGCAUCGUCCUCGGCAUCAGCAACAGCCCAUGGGGGUGGUUCUGCAUCUGCCAAGGCAAAUUCUAAUGCUCAAAGUUAUGGUUAUAAUGGUGCCAGUGCUAACGCCAAUGCUAACGCCAACGCCAACGCCAACGCCAAUGCCAACGCCAACGCCAAUGCUGGAGCUUCAGCCAAUGGUGGUGCACAAGGCUAUGAUGGUUCUUCGAGUCUUUACAACGAUGGAUCUUUAAAUAACAAUGAUAUCACUGGCAACUAUAAUUUAAGACCAAGUGAACCUUAUUCGAACAAUAUCUUUCCUUCGAAUGGACAAUACGGCGGUUACGAUGGUUCCUCAUAUAAUUCUGGAAAUGCUCAGUCAAAUGCUAAUGCAAAUGCUGAUGCAUAUAGUGGUAGCAAUGGAGGUACUUUGCUUCCAUCAAAACCAAACCCAUCUUUAGGACCAACUUAUGUCGCUGAUUAUGGCCCAUCUUAUCCUCAGUACCAAGGAAAUAGUGGUAGUACUUCUGGAAAUUCAAAUGCAUAUUCUAGUGCCAAUGCAAAUGCAAAUACUAAUGUUAAUUCUGGUAGGACUGAGUAUGGAUAUAACAUACCCGAAUCAAUUCCUAUAAAUAUUCCACAAACGGUUCAACGACCACAACCUAUCUUACAUCAGAAACCUGCAAUAAUAAAUCAAUCUCCAUCAAACCCGAUAAUUCGGCAACCUAUACAAAAUUCAAAUGCUCAUUCCAGUGCCAGUGCAAAUGCAAAUGCUAAUGCUAAUGCUAAUAAGAUUGACCGUGGAUAUAUAGUACCAGUAAUCGAAUCCAUUCCUAUAAACGUUCCGCAAAAUAUUCAACGACCACAGCCUGUCCAACAAAGACCUGUAAUAAUAACUCGACCUCCACCAAACCCAAUACAUCAACAACCAAGACCGAUUAUUCAUAGUGUUCCUGAGUUACAUAAUUCAGCAACACUGCCAGUGGUUAUCGUCGAAGGUCCGCAACAACAACCAAUAAGCAGACCUGGUGUCUAUCCUCAACAUCGACCUCAUUAUCAUCAUCCACAUAGACCAAAGCAACAACCUAUUGAAAUCUUCGUUAUCGAUGGUGACAGCAUUCCGACUCAAGCUCAAGGUGGAUAUCAUGGCAAUUAUGGUGCAAAUUCAGGCGGAUCCGGGCAAUAUAAUGGAAAUUAUGGUUCUGGAACAGGUCAUAGAAGAGGAAAUCCUUUCCUAAAUGGUGGAUCAACUAGUAAUGCCAAUGCCGCAGCUAAUGCCAAUGCAAAUGCUAAUGCUAAUGCUGCUGGUCAAUCUGGAUCACUUGGAUAUAAUGGUGGAGGUGAAUAUCUUGGUAAUAUCGGAGCAAACAAUCCUUUCCUUAGUGGAUCUGGAAGUGCUGGAGCAAAUGCAAAUGCAAAUGCAAAUGCAAAUGCAAAUGCAAAUGCUAAUGCUAAUGCUCAGGGACACGGUCAAGGACAAAUUGGAGCACAGAAUCCUUUCUUAACUGGUGGAUCAAGUAAUCUUGGUGGAUAUGGCAGUCUUGGUGGAUCUAGCAAUCUUCAAACAGGGACAGGACAUUAUCAAGGACAUGUUCAAGGAAUACCUACCCAAAUUCCAUCAAAACCAAGCUGUGGUGGUUCUGGAUGUAACAACGGUCCUUCGAUAGUAAUAAUUGAUCAAAACAAACCUAAAGGUAUACCAACGACUCUACCAAAAGAAACAAAUUCUGGAUAUUAUGGUGGAAGCCAAGCAGGAAGUUCAGCGAAUUCUAAUACUGGAAGUUAUGCUGGUACACAAAAUCAACCUACCAAAGGUGCCCCAAUCAUUUUAAAUGGACCUAAUUAUGGUGGUCAGCCUAAAUAUCCAAGUACUGGAGAAUCAGGAUUCUUGGGUGGAAACUAUGGAAGUGGUAGCGGCUCUGCCGGAUCCAAUGCAAAUGCUAUUUCAUCGGCUAAUGCUGGAAGUUCUGGAUCUGGUACAGGUGGUUAUGGUGGACAGAGUAACGUACCAGUUAAAGGAAGUCCUAUUUUGAGUCUUGGAGGAUCUGGUUCAGGAAACUUGGGUGGUUAUGGAAGCGGUAGUGGCUCGGCAGGAUCCAAUGCAAAUGCUAUUUCAUCGGCUAAUGCUGGAAGUUCUGGAUCUGGAUCAGGUGGUUAUGGUGGGCAGAGUAACGUACCAGUUAAAGGAAGUCCUAUUUUUGGUCUUGGAGGAUCUGGUUCAGGAAACUUGGGUGGUUAUGGAAGCGGUAGUGGCUCGGCAGGAUCCAAUGCAAAUGCUAUUUCAUCGGCUAAUGCUGGAAGUUCUGGAUCUGGAACAGGUGGUUACAAUGGACAAGAUGGAUAUGGCGGAGGAUAUGGCGGUGGUUCAUCAGGUGGUUCUGGAUCUGGAAGUGGAGGAUUCGGUGGAAGUAUUGGCGGAGGUGCUUUAGGAGGAAGUUCUGGAUCUGGAAGUGAAGGAUUCGGUGGAAGUACUGGUGGAGGUGCUUUAGGAGGAAGUUCUGGAUCUGGAGGAUCAGGAUUCGGUGGAAGUACUGGUGGAGGUGCUUUAGGAGGAAGUUCUGGAUUUGGAGGAUCAGGAUUCGGUGGAAGUACUGGUGGAGGUGCUUUAGGAGGAAGUUCUGGAUCUGGAAGUGGAGGAUUCGGUGGAAGUAUUGGCGGAGGUGCUUUAGGAGGAAGUUCUGGAUCUGGAGGAUCAGGAUUCGGUGGACACGCUGGAUCUGGAGGUUCAGGAUUCGGUGGAAGUAUUGGCGGAGGUGCUUUAGGAGGAAGUUCUGGAUCUGGAGGAUCAGGAUUCGGUGGACACGCUGGAUCUGGAGGUUCAGGAUUCAGCGGAAGUAAUGGUGGAGGUGCUUUUGGUGGAAACGCUGGAUCUGGAGGCUCUGGAUUUGGUGGUGGUUCUGCCGGAUCGAGUGCCAGUGCUAAUGCCAAUGCAAAUUCUGGCUCUUCCGGUGGAUUUGGUGGUUAUGGAAGUGGCAACAUAAAGGGAUCUGGAUCAGGCAUCGGAGGAUUUGAUGGACAAGGUGGUUCAAGUGGCUACGGUGGAAGUCAUGGAGGUUCGGGAAGUUUAGGUGGAGGAUACGGUUCUUCUGGAUCAAACGCUGCUGCCAAUGCCGAUGCUAGUGCUAAUGCUGGAAGUUCAGGUGGUUCAAGAGGAUCAGGAUAUGGUGGGUCAAGCAUAUUAGGAGGUUAUGGAAAUAAAGGAUACGGUGGAGGAUCAGGAUCAAGCGCUUAUUCCGACGCUAACUCUUCUGCUAGUGCUGGUGGAUCGUCCCAUGCAACUUCAAAUGCAAAAUCAAGUGCAUUUUCGAGUGCUGGUGGAUCGGCCAAUGCCAAAGCCAAUGCUGAGGCAUCCAGUAGUGCUACAGGAUUUGGUUCGAAAUCAUCGGCAUCGAGUCAUGCAUCUGCUACUGCUGAUACUAGUGAUAUGCUCGUAUUCGUGGACUGACCUCAACAUUCCAACAACGAUUUAUCAGGCAUUCGAUAAAGCGAUUCCUAUAUGGUUCAUUUUCGCAAAGUGACCGAAGUUAUUAAUUGCACGAUUCAACUUUUUUUUCUUUGUUUUGUUUCUUCCUUUUUUUUGUUAUUCUAGCAACUUUUAUAAUUCUGCGAGUAACUUUUGCCAUUAAUGUUGUAAUACAAUUGUUUUUUGUAAAUACCUUUAUUCGAUUUUUGUGUUUUUUUAUUACUUUUUUUUUUAUAUUGAAUUAUGUCACAUUAUUUCCAAUUGUAAACAAUAUAUAAGAUGUGCCGAGUAAAAUUUUUUUUUAUAAUUUGUUUUCAUUUUUUAUUCGAAGAUAUUGCAAAAAAAAAGAUCGUGUUAUUUGGUAGGUCCAUACUUUUUAAUGGAUAUAGGAAUCGAGUAAUAUGAUAUAAUACUCGGAUUAUACAAUAUUUGCUUAACUUCCGAUAAAACACGUGACUAAUUGUUGAUAAUGUCGAAUCGAAGAUAAUAGGAACCAUUUGUUCACGUUAGAAUUAAACUUUGUACAAAACCGGUAUAGUAGUUUGUAAUACGUGUAACCAGGCAUGUCAUUGUGAACUGUAAUUGUAUUGUUCAUUUCUGUGUCUCCCUCGAGCUAUUUGUCGAUAUUGUUAAUCUUUAAUAUCUAAUAUUAAAUUAGAUAUAUAUCCUCGCUUAGAUAAAUUAUUUUGAUUUGGAAGUGACCAUAACACAUUGAUAAAACGAAAAUUAUUUCUUAUAUUUUAUGUUAUUCCCUCAAAAUCAUAGAAUUCACAUAAAAUUAUUUAGAAUGGAGUGUUUAGAAAAAAAAGAACUAGAAAAAAGAAAAAUACAGUAUUUUUAUAUUCAUUUGUUAAUAAUCUUUUAUGAAACGUAUACACGCACUCAUUUACGCACCUACGUAAUUUUCAAAGUAACAUGUCAGAAAUUUAAUUGUGAUUUGUUUUUUAACUAUGAAUAUUAUGAGAUUAGGAUGAGAAAAAAAUAUAUAUAUAUAUAUAUAUAUAUAUGGAAGAUAAAACAACUGUAAUCAACGUUCAAUUUGUCCUAAGGAUUAUUGUGCGAUUUUUUUUCUUUUUUUUUUGUAAUUCAUAUAUAAUUACCAAGAAUUACUUUAACAUCAAACAUUAUUCGUUUCGGAUUUUCCUUGAAAUUCUCCUCUAUUAUCAACUUCUUAUCUUGUAUGCGCUUGACGUAAACACUCUUUCAUUCUCGUCUCUCUUACAUAAUAUUUUACUGCGCGUCUUAUUUGUAAGCACUAAAAAUUUGAAAUAAAAUUUACGAUACAUUCGAUACACUCGGAUUGUCAUUAAAAAAAAAAUUCUUCGCUUGAUUAUUUCUUUAAAAUCGAUCUUUUCUAUUCUUUAUUUCUAAAACGAAAAGUAUUAAAAUCUAUGAUUAUAAUAAGAUUAGAUAACCGAUAGAAAUAAUAUUUGGUUUUGCAAAAGAUUUACGUAAAUAUGCAUGUAUAUGUUUUAUAUAUUUUAUAUACAAUAUUAUAUGAACUUGUGAGUUAUUACAUUUAUUUAAAUAGCUCUAUAAAAAAUUUUCAAAUUCUUCGAUAUUAGUAAACAUUUAUGUAUUUAUAUUGAUAUAUAGAUAUAUAAACAUAUAAUUAUAAUUAUAAAAUAAUUAUCAUAAAAAUUUGUUUUCACGUAAAUAAUCACGAUUUGUAUUAGUCUUUUGUUAAAAUUAUACGAUAUAUAAUUCAUUUUAUUUAUUAUCCGUCCGAUCUAAAAAACAAGAUUCUAAUCAUCUUUAAUAGUAUUCUAAUAACACAUUAGAAUGAUUUAUCUAUCUUGAUUCACGUUUUCUUUACAAUCGAAUGUAGUAAUAAUAGUAAUAAUAAUAUUCUAACGAGACAUUAGAGUAAUCCAGUAAUCUUGAUCUUUUUAUUCAAUUAACAAAUUAGUCAACGUGUUUAUUUAAUUAUCUAAUACAAGAUUGUAACUAUAAAAACAAUGGAACGAAAACGAUCUCGAUUCUUUUAUAUCAAUAAUUAUCUGUUUGAUGUUCGAAUCAA